CUUACCAAGUGUCCUAAACCCUCACUCAACAUGUCCUCUUUGGGGACACUUGCGUUCGAUGAGUAUGGCAGGCCUUUCAUCAUCAUUAAAGACCAGGACAAGAAGACAAGGCUCACGGGCAUUGACGCUUUGAAGUCUCAUAUUAUGGCAGCCAAGGCAGUUGCGUCAACGCUUAAAACAUCUUUGGGACCAAAUGGUCUUGACAAGAUGAUGGUUGACAGGGAUGGAGAGGUGACUGUCACCAACGAUGGUGCCACCAUCCUCAGCAUGAUGGAUGUCGACCACCAGAUUGCAAAGCUUAUGGUGGAGCUCUCCAAGUCCCAGGAUGAUGAGAUUGGUGAUGGAACCACUGGAGUUGUUGUGCUGGCUGGGGCUCUGCUUGAGCAGGCUGAGCAGCUGCUUGACCGAGGAAUCCACCCCAUCAGGAUCUCCGACGGUUAUGACCAGGCAGCACGCUUUGCCAUCGAGCAGCUCGACAAAAUUGCAGAAACCAUGCCCUGCGAUCCCAACAACACAGAACCACUCAUUGAGACAGCCAUGACAACACUGGGGUCUAAAAUUAUCAACCGUUGCCACAGACAGAUGGCAGAGAUUGCAGUGAAUGCCAUCCUCACCGUUGCUGACAUGGAGAGGAAGGAUGUAGACUUUGAACUCAUCAAGAUGGAGGGCAAAGUGGGAGGCAAGCUGGAGGACACACAGCUCAUCAAGGGAGUCAUCGUUGACAAGGAGUUCAGCCACCCUCAGAUGCCCAAGGUUCUGAAAGAUGUUAAAAUCGCCAUCCUUACCUGCCCGUUCGAGCCCCCUAAGCCCAAGACCAAGCAUAAGUUGGAUGUGACCUCUGUGGAGGACUACAAAGCUCUUCAAAAAUAUGAAAAGGAGAAGUUUGAAGAGAUGAUCCAGCAGGUUAAAAGCAAUGGCGCCAACUUGGCCAUCUGCCAGUGGGGCUUUGACGAUGAAGCCAACCACCUUCUGCUGCAGAAUGAGCUGCCAGCUGUGCGCUGGGUCGGAGGGCCUGAGAUCGAGUUGAUCGCCAUUGCCACAGGAGGCCGCAUUGUGCCACGAUUCUGUGAGUUGACACCAGAGAAGCUUGGCACAGCUGGUGUUGUGAAGGAGAUCUCCUUUGGCACUACAAAGGAUCACAUGCUGGUCAUCCAGGAGUGCAAAAACACCAGGGCCGUAACUAUUUUCAUCCGUGGAGGCAACAAAAUGAUCAUUGAAGAGGCCAAGCGCGCUCUCCAUGACGCUCUGUGUGUAAUUCGCAAUCUGGUCAAAGACAACCGUGUCGUGUAUGGAGGAGGAGCUUCAGAGAUUGCAUGCGCUCUAGCUGUCAACCAGGCUGCAGAUAAGUGCCCAUCAUUGGAGCAGUAUGCCAUGAGGUCAUUUGCUGAUGCUCUGGAAGUAAUCCCAAUGGCGUUGGCUGAGAACAGUGGACUGAACCCUAUCCAGACCAUGACAGAGGUCAGAGCCAGACAGGUCAAAGAGAACAACCCCUUCCUUGGCAUUGACUGUCUGCACAAAAACACCAAUGACAUGAAGCAGCAACAUGUGGUCGAGACCCUGAUUGGCAAGAAGCAGCAGAUCUUGUUGGCUACUCAGGUAGUCAAGAUGAUCCUCAAGAUCGACGACAUCCGCAGCCCGGGAGAGAGCGAGGACUGAAGGCCUCCUGGAACACUUAAAGAUUUCUGAGCUGUUCGAGAGGUUUUAGGCACUUCCCCGAGCACCACGUCCAAACCGCACUGCAUAUAGCUAUUUAUCAUUUGAUACAAAAUGUUCAAGCUGUUGUCGUAUCAAAGUCUCCAUUAAAAUGUUGGUCAGUUAAAA